AUGGUUAAGAUGACUGAAAAAUCAUUGGAAGAUAUUGAAAUCGUACUCAAUCCGGAUCAAAAACAUUGGAUGGAAAUAGUCCAGUGGUGCUCUAAAACAGAAGAAUGGAUGUUCACUGUUGAAGAUUACAAGAUUUGGUUAGAAUCCUUUGAGAAAUUCUGGUUCUACGUCGCAAUCGACAAAGAGUCAAAAGAAGCCGUUGCAAGUAUAUCGCUGAGUUUCGAUCGCUCUUCGAAUGGGGAUAAAGAAGACGAUAUUUACUAUGUUGGUAUGUACUAUGUACGUCCGGAAUGGCGGAGCACUGGCUUAGGAACGCUUUUAUUCGACAAAAUCAUGGAAAUAGGCAAGCACAGCAACAUGGCUCUGAAUGGAGUGAUGAAAAUGUCACCGAAGUACGCGUCAAAGUACGGAUUCGAUAAAAUGCCAGCCUAUAAGCACGAUUUUGCGUCAAUACCCACAGAACAUUUGGUAAUUCCACAAGUUGACUCACAUUAUGUGAUAAAGGAUCUUAAUGAAGUCGAUGAGUCGAAGUUGGUCGCCUACGAUGUCAGCAUUUCUCAUCGUAGUCGAGCCAAAUAUCUCAUGAACUUCAUAUCUAGCGAUGACUCAUUUACAAAGAUAGCUUUGGAUGGCAAUGGCAAGGUGGUCGGAAUCGGUUGUGUUCGUGCCGUCUAUUCCAAUGAACUUUGUGCGGGACCAUUUUAUGCUGACAAUAAGGCUGUGGCAGAAUCGCUUCUGUCCAAAAUCCUUUCAUCAAUACCUGACAUCAAGAAGUAUAAAACAUUCGGAUCUCUCUAUCCAGCAAUCAAUUCGGAAGCUGCUAGUGUUUUCGAAGCGCUCGGAGGUGGUCAUGCCCAAAUUGGUCCAUUCACUCAGUGCCAAUUCACUAAGCGGAUCUUCCCAACCUCCGAUGAGAAAGUUUUUGGAGUCAUCGAGUGUGCCUGCAGUAUCGUCUGA